AAAGAAGCAUCGUCAGAUGGAUAUGGACGAUAUUUGUCAUGUUCACCUCGGUAUCCAUAACAUGGCAAUACCUCAUGGCCAUCGGGUUGCCCCCGCAGUGGUGUCACGAAUACGAAUGGGAAACUAGGACUCACUAUUGGACGGUGGCGCAAGAUUUUUGGUUUCUGGCAGACAACUACAAACCUCUGCCCAUCAAGAAACUGAUCGCCGAAUCGCUGAUGUGUAUCGUUUCUUGUAGACAGCUGCACAACUUCUGGAGGGAAAUCCGAAACUCCUGGAAGGAUAAGUUUGUUUAUGAAGGUGGAUCCAAUGAGAGUAUUCUAAAACAAUUCGAGCAGCCUGGCCACGCGAAUCCUGUCUCAGACUUCACAACGUACACCACAUCUUACCUAGAUGUCUUCAAAGGCAUAUUCUUCAAUGUGUCAUACUAUGGCGCUAUAUGGAUAGUUUUUCUUGGAGGCGUAAACAGAAACAACAUCUUCUCCAUCGUGUACCUCUGUUAUGUCUUCGUCUACCUGUGGUACGGCCUCAACCUCUACUACAAACCUCUACCUGCCAUACUCAGAUCCUGGAACAAUCUUAUCGCUCAAAAUGUCUUGAUCAUAAUGGCAAAGGCUUUGCUGCAGGUUGUAGGAUGCUUUUAUUUGUAUAGAAUCCCUAUGUCGUAUUGCGCUUUUGUCAAGUUGUUCGGGAUCGGCUGCGUGCGGAGGUUCGAGGAUACUAAAUACUUUGAACAACUGGAGCAGAGCGAAUGCAAACUGCGUUGGAACGAACUGGCCGGUAUCGAAUGGGAUGUUGUCAUAUUCGCGUUCUUGAUGAUACAACGCAGAGUGUUUAUGAGUUACAAUUUCUUCUUGAUCAUCGACGAAGCAAAAGCCGGGCAUCUGCUUUCUGCUAGAGGCGCCAGCAUCUUGCACGACAUGAAACACAAAGAAAUAAAAGCUGUAAACGACGAGGUAGCAAGGAUCAAAGAAAAAAUCAAAUCCGAACAAAAACGGGUGAAAGCUGCAGCUGAACGAUUCCAAGGCGCGUAUGCCCGCACAGGGGCCACCAACCACCCAAGAGCGACGCGACUCGGUGAUUUCUACAUGUUCGAAGAUAUCGAAAGCGAAAUUGAGACAGAUCUCCUCCCGCCAAUAGACGAAGACGAAGGCUUAGAAAGAGAUCUCACGUUGAUUGGAUUGUUCGUCGAUGCCUACGAAACCGACCUCCGUGAAGCUGUGAUACACUAUUGGGGAGACGAUGCAGUUAUUACAAGCGAGACAUAUACUUGGAAAUCGAGACUGUACUACGUCUACAAAUUCAUUUUGGCGAUCUUCGAUUCGUUGAUGGUCGAUGCUACAAUCUUUAUGGAUAAAAAUACAGGGAAUUAUAAGACGGUACGAGAUACUCUGGAACAGGAAAAAAGGCUACUCAAGGAAACGACUGAUUAUCAAAACGGCGUUAGAGUUGAAGGUUGGUGGCUACCCAGAGCCUCCUAUGACACUUUGCUGCUGAAAGGCAAGUUACAAAAACCGAAGAAACCUCCGAAGGAACUAACACACGAAGAACGACCGAAUUUUAUCAAGAUGAUGCAGUCUCUGUAUAUCUUCACUUUGGCCAAGUCAGAUCUCCUCUGCUAUGUCUUGAUCAUUAUGAAUCAAAUAAUGUACUGUGAACUGAUUACCCUUCCUCUAGUUUUGAUGAUGUUCGGCUGGGGUACUCUAUCGAAUCCCAGGCCAUCAAAAACGUACUGGAUCAUCAUGCUCGGCUAUGUUGAAUGGGUGAUAUUGCUCAAGUGCAUCUUCCAGUUUGAGGUGAUGCCCGGUAACGUCGUCCGCGAGAAGAUAGAGUUCAAGACUAAAUUGCACAAGACAAAUCCAUUUUUCCCGUCCGUCGUCUGGGGAUUGCAAGCUGAAGACUGGUACUACAUUUGGGAGAUGUUCAUCCUUUUCUCUAUAAUCUUGCAUCGACAGUAUUUGAAGACCAUCGGGCUUUGGUCAUCGAUAAAAGAUACAACGCAACAGGAGCGCUUGGACGGAACAUACGCUAUAGUCAACGGAGUAUUGGUAUCCAGAAAAGUCACCGACAGGAUGUACGUCGUGACAUGCGCGAAGGCAGACGCUCUCGACAGAGCGUUACUAGCUAUCAAGUCGAUUUUGAUCCAGUACGCAGUGCAUCUAAGAGACUUAUAUCAACGGUUGAUGUUUCACGCUUUCCAGAAACCCGUCGAUCUCUAUACUCCGAUGUUCAUCUUCGACUUGAUCAGUAUGAUCGUUAUAGGAAUCGGUUAUCCGGCAUUCUUCGACGACGAUGACGAAAAUAUUUUUUUCUACGUCAGCGAGAAUAUAAUUCCGGUGAAGUUUGUCAUGUGUCUGUUCGCGCAUAUGAUGGGUAGCCUCGUAGACCGCGCGAUCUACCUCAGAAAAGACGUAACUGCGAAGCUUGUCUUCCAAGUGCUCAACGUCAUACUCCUCCACCUGUUUCUCUUCUUUCUGUUGCCUAUCUUCGGAAAUGGAAAACUCGCUCACAGAGACGCCGCGAUUAUUCUUUAUUAUAUCACCCGUUGUCUUUAUUUGCUGAUUUCGGCGUGCCAGAUCAGGUGCGGAUACCCCAGUCGCAUAUGGGGUUAUUUCAUGACGCACGAUGUCGGAGCCGUGAGAUAUUGCCUAUUUCUCGCAUACUGGAACAUUCCCAUAUUAUACGAGUUGCGUGUUCUCAUGGAUUGGAUAUUCACGGAUACGACGAUGUCAAUUUUCGAAUACUUCAGGAUGGAAGAUAUCCAUGUCACGUUAUACGAUAUCAAGUGCAAACGACAAGUUGAAGAGAACCAUUCCGUGGAGCCCGGUGAGCCGAAAGUACGGUUCUUCAAGUAUGUGUACGGUACCAGCUGGGUCAUAAUCAUCCUUGUAACAAUUUGGUUUCCCAUAAUGUACGUGUCUUGGGGUAGGAGCGUGGGAGAGUCGAUGGUACCCAAUCACGCAAGGCUCACUCUUACCGUAGGAACGGUGGAUCCAGUGUACGACAAUCGCGCUACCGGAAUCUUUAGAUUCAGCGAACUUGAUUACCAACAUCUGCUGCAAGUCUACAACGCGUACGCGGCGUCUAAGGUGUUUCUGCACGGCUAUACUUCCAGGGACGUCUGCGCCGUCAUCUUCAACCAUGGCAGUCAAAUAUGGAUGAUUCGAGAACAAGACAGGUUGAAAAUCAUCAGGGAGUUAAGGGGAUCGCACCCGGUAACGCUACGUCUACAGUGGGAGAGACUCCACAAAGAACUGAUGACCUUGAUGAUGACGCCAGACAAGAGCAUAUCCGCGUUCCCCGAAGGCGAGAACCUCUUCAAAUGGAUCGGCACCAUUGCGGGCCCCAAAGACACCGUUUAUGAAACCCUGAAGUUCAAACUUAGCUUUCAAUUCCCGAAUUCCUACCCUUACUCAGCGCCUCUAGUCAAAUUCCUAACGCCUUGUUUUCACCCGAACGUUGACACUAGCGGUAAUAUAUGCCUAGACAUACUCAAGGACAAAUGGUCUGCCCUGUACGACGUUAGAACGAUUUUGUUAAGUAUCCAAGCGUUGUUGGGCGAGCCUAACAUAGAUAGUCCGCUCAAUGCUUUAGCCGCUGAAAAAUGGCAGGUGCAAGACGAGUAUAAAAAAUACGUGUUAGAAACGUACAAAGACGCCUAAGUUUUUGAUUAUUUUUUUUUAGCGUUGAUCAACAUAUUCUACUUGAAGAUACCCAACCAUAUUCCCGCAUCGAAAAAGAGGUCUGAAUGAUCAUAUCGCCCUCUAUGAAACAGUAGCAGAGCCAACUUGCAUCGUGCGCUUGACGUUGAACUGUUUAUAAACAGGAGUUCCUAAACUCGCUAGACUUGAAGUUUUAACUUUCUGAAAAUUACGCGUUUGUUGUCACAUAUUAGCUUUUUCCGCGUGCACACAAAAGUAAGGUUAGCUACAACCUCUUUUCGUCUGUUAACAAGAUGAUCUGCAGUUUGGUCUUCAAAUAUGUGAAAAAUAACACACUUUUAGGUUAGGUUAUGCUUUACGCGCCGUAACGUUAGCAACUUUUCAAAUUGACUUUAACUGACAGUGGCAGCGUUACAGUAGCAAUACGACGAGUUUAUAAAUCAAUCUUUUUGAAGGUAGAUUUCUGAAAUCAUUUUUGCGUUCUGCUGCUACUGUCUCAUAGAUGGCGCUAGGAUAUUUCGGGUCUCUUUUUGGGCUUUGGAAUGACUGGAUAUUUUUCAGGUAAAAAUACGUUAUUGAAUGAUUUUAGUGAAUUUAUAAUGAAUUGCAAUUAUUUAGAAUGUUUUUAUAGACUGAUGUUGAGUGUGUCAUUAUGAUACUCAGUUUGUGGUCUGAGGCCAAUCGAUAGAGGUUGUAUUUUGGCAAACAUAUUUUUAGAAAGCCAUUCAUGCUGUUAUGCUACGAUUCAUUUAAGCAUUCAAUUUUAUCGAUGUACAUAGAUAGCAUUCUUGGCAACUGGUUUUUAAAGAUCAUUUGAUUUGACCUUGAGCCGUAUCUUGAAGGUUAUUUCUAGGUCAGCUUUUGUGGUUUGACAGGAAACUUUCGCUUUCUAUACCUACAACCGAAACGGAAAGUUCUUCGUCCGAAUCUGUACCAAAAUCUAAGAUCAAUGCUCCUCUAAAGAUCAAAUCAAAUUCCUAAGAGCUUAACAGGAUUAUUGAUGGAAAAAAAUCUUAUUUUGUAACGCAUGUAACAAGGAUGCCAAUGGUGCAAUCAACCUUCAACCUCAUUUUCAGACAUUUCAAUGUCAACUCAUUUUAACUGCAAAUCCUCUCUUUGACACAAGGUUAAAUCUAAGGUUAACAUUGAAAUCCUAAGCUUGAUUUUUGGAGAUUGAUUCAUGAUAUCGGAAAUUUUAACAUCCUGCACAUAAAUGUAGUGAUUAUAAACUGCCCAGUUUUGAAGUAAUCCCCUAUGCAUAUGUGGCUUUCUAUGAAUAUCUUUGCUACAAGUAUUUUUCUUUUAUUAUAAGCUUUUGAUACAGGAUGACAUUUUUAGAAUGAAUGUAAAGAAUUACAAAAAUAUCUUUCAUUCUGUGAAACUUUGAGCAGUGAAAUAUCUUUGAAAGGCCACAUUAAUAUCUAUAUAUUGUUUUCCUGUAUCAAAUAGCAAGCAGUAAAAUUAUUAUGGAUUCCCAAUAUUUAGGUUGGGUGCAUGCCUAUAUUUUUAAACUGAGUAUUGAAAAUUGUGAUGGAUAAAAUUUAAUGUAAUGUAUACUUAUAUAUAUUAUACUGUGUGAUCUUUCUUACUGUAAAUGUUGAAAUAAAUUUAUGCACUGGUAUUAUCCUUGUUUGUGAAAGCCACUCGAAAUAAAAUAUUCUUCAAUAUAAA